GUGCACUGAUCAUUACCUGAAAGAGCACAUGGAUGACCAUGGUUGGGUUCCAGUAACUUUGAUUGCACAGUUUAAGAGAGUUCAACGAUUAAUGAAGAAAAGACAAUUCAUAUAUGAUUCAUUCAGACUCUGGAGUUUCAUGGAAGUGCAGGUUAAGUCGUUAGCCGAUGAUAUACAAUUUAUAUUAGAAUCUUUAAGGCCUUCAAAUGCUGUGGAAGUGCGGGGUGAUAAAGUGAGAAAACGCUAUGAAUGGAAGAAAUGGGUGUUACAACCAUAAACCUCUGCUCGUUCCAGUGUUAAAUUUGGGAACCAAUUUCCAACAUCCUCAGAUUAUGAAUCUCUGAAAAAGAUUGUGCGGUUGAAGAAUUUUGAUGAUAAGAAAUAUUUUGAGUUAGAAUUCAUUAUUAAAAUUUUAUCACGAUGAAAACCAAAAUUUUAGAAUUUAUUUUGAUAUGAGUGCAAUACAUACAUAACCCUAAAGUAUCACCAAUAUUAAUUUUUUUUUGGAG